UCAGUGCGUAGGAGCGGCACUUUGUCAUCUGUUUUCCUAAUCUUCAUUUAGCAAUUGUGUCCUCUGAUGAGGAAGAUGCGUUUAUCAUUUCCGCUUUAUGCGAAGAAACAGAAAAAGGUCGCUUCGUUGCGAUGCCGAUCGCUACUCUUCCGGCAGUCAUCGAUCGCAGUACCAAUGCCAUGUAAAUGAAAAAAAAGCACUUUACUGAGCAAAUAGAAUGUAAUCAAAGGUAGUGAUUAUGUCGUAACGUGCUGCGAGAAAACACAUUAGCGUACAUGUUGACUUACUCAACAAAUAAUUUGAGGGUUGUAAUGGAAGUAAAAGACGACAAUGAAAGUUACAUCGUGUGUCAUUUUUGUAUCUUUUUGAAGCGCAUCAAGUGGUAUUUCACUGAUACACAAUCCGAGAUCCGGAAAGGUAUGUAUAGAAAAAGUGAUCCGAACGAUUUUUGGAAACGAAACUCUCCACUAUGCUUUCAAGGAAAGUAGUGACCUGUUACCGUUCAAUAUAAGAAACCAACGGAUUCUUAUUAACAUCGAUUAUCCCAUACCUCGCAGGAUAGGAAAGGUUUCUAACAAUUUCAUAUUCGAAACUAGAGAUUUGGGUGUUUUAAAAAAGUGUGUUGUUUCUUUAGAAUCCAUAGGUACAUGGAGUGUGCAACCCGUUAAUGCAAGAUUACUUGUUAUAACCGAUCACGUACGGCACGUGGAAGCGAUUUUCCAUAUGUUAUGGAAUUAUGGCAUUAUAUAUCUGGCAAUUUUGCUGAUCAACAAGAACGAAGAUGCAAGUUCGUUCUUAUUUACGGCAAAUCCACAUGAUGUUCAAAACCAUCACGGCACAUUCCCGAACACAAUGCAUGUGCAAAGUUGUGAUCAAGCGAUCGCUGACACAAUUCCGCGUCCUAUAAGAGAUUAUCACGGAUGUCCCACACAAUUCAGUACUAGUGCCUUUUUGCACUUGAUGUAUAAAUUUAAUCGCAGAGAUUUUACCAUUAACAUGGCGGCUGAAAUAUGGAAUAUCUCUUUGAAACAACUUGGUAGGUAUGGUAUUAUUGUACAUGAUGGACUACCAAUUUCCCAUAUGAACGGAGGUUCUCGUGUGAGUCACGUGUACAUACGGGACGUCAUAGUGUGGGUAGUGCCACCAACAAAUGCCAUUUCGUCAUUGAAAAUUUUCGCAGUUAAUUUUGAUAAGGAGGUUUGGAUAUUGGUUUCGGUUAUUUUUGCAUUAUUUACCUUUGCGUGGUACGUUUUGGAAAAAUUCAAAACAAGCUUCGGUGAAAUUGUUCUGAAGACUUUUGGAAUCACGCUAUCUGAAAGCACCGAUCGCAUUACCAAUUCUUCAAAACUAAAAUUCGUAAUUCUGUGCUACAUUAUAUACAGCGUGCACAUACAAACAGCGUACGUCUCAAACUUAAUGCGCCUGAUAACUACACCUCCGAGAAGCCAACCGAUUCGCAAUCUAAAGGAGCUGCUAGAAGCUGAGAUUCCAAUUUGUUGGGAUUCUAGUGCCGCAGUGGUGAGAAAGGUACACAACUUGACAGAACAUGGGAAGAUGUACAGCAAAAUGAAGUUAAGACCGUGUCCCAUACGAGAUCAAGAUUCCCGUGUUGUAUUGGAGAGUUGGUCUGCACGUCCAAAUGUCUCUAUCGUUAUUCCACUGAAAACACUACACUCACUGGCACCGGGUUUACGAUUGCAUACUCCAAAUUACUUCAUUGAUAAUUACUUCGUACCUCCCUUGAUGCAGACCUUUGCAAGUAAGAGAAGUAGUUUCAUUAUCGACAGCUUAAACAUAGUCAUCGACAGAUUGACCGAAAGCGGUUUGUACGAUAAACUAGAUAAAGAUCGAGAAUCUUACGUCGACUCCAAAAGAAGGGAAUUGCCGCAAGAAGAAGAAGUGGUGGCGCUAUCUUUACAGCACUUGAAUGGAAUUUUUAUUGUAUACUCUUUCGGUGUGGUUUUAUCUGUAGUGGCGUUUCUUGGAGAGCUGAUUGCGCAUCGUUUUUUAAAGUAGUUCGAUUUGCAAAUUGCACUUCACUCACUGAAAAUGUAUUAAAAUGUUAUUGCCAAGAAGAGGUAUGCGAUCUAUAAUACAAGUUUUUUCCGGGACCAAGACACGCUUUAUUUCAGCUUCAAUUUGUACCUAUCUUGUACUUAUCAGAAAAGUUUGUAGACAAUUAAUUA